CUGCAGCAGGCAUUUUCCUCAUUAAGUACUGAAGGGAAGAAAUAUUCAAAGUAUAGGUGAUGAAGAGCUAAUUUUUAGCUUCUCAAUGUGCCUAGAUCAAUGGACCCUCUUGUCAUUGGACGUGUAGUAGGAGAUGUUUUGGAGCCUUUCACUAGUUGCGUCUCUCUUAGGAUUCUAUAUGACAGCUGCUCCGAAGUUAUCAACUGCUGUGAGCUCAAACCCUUCCAAAUCAUCAACCAACCUAGAGUUGAAGUUGGUGGUGAUGACUUCAGGACCUUUUACACCCUGGUAAUGGUGGAUCCUGAUGCACCUAGCCCAGGAAAUCCAAAUCAGAGGGAAUAUUUGCACUGGUUGGUAACUAAUAUUCCAGGAACUACAGGAGCAAACUUCGGUGAAGAGGUUGUGAGCUAUGAAAGUCCACGACCGAUGAUGGGAAUUCAUCGUAUUAUUUUCAUAUUAUUCCGUCAGUCAGGUAGACAAACUAUAUAUGCUCCAGGAUGGCGUCAAAAUUUCAACACGAGAGAUUUCAGCGAGGUUUAUAAUCUUGGAUUACCAGUGGCAGCAACCUACUUCAACUGUAAACGUCAAAAUAAUUCCGCAAGAGCUGGAAGAAGGACAUGAUUAAUAAUUAAUUCAAAUAAUAACCAACCCCUCAUUUUGAUAAUAAUACAUUAUUGUAGGUACGUAGUAAUAUAUACAUCAAUCGGGAGCUAGACACUCAAAUUGUGGGUUUACUUUAAUAGUGAUUUUAUACAAUAUUCAUUUAACUGCUUUGUUAUUUUUUA